CCAGCGCUACUGCGUGUGUAACGCGGCCCUGCUGCGCCAGUUCCGCAACCCGGACACCAUCUUCAUCCUGGCCUUCGCCAUCAUCCUCCUCAACACCGACAUGUACAGCCCCAGCGUGAAGGCGGAGCGCAAGAUGAAGCUGGAGGACUUCAUCAAGAACCUCCGAGGGGUGGACAAUGGGGAGGACAUCCCACGAGACAUGCUGGUGGGCAUCUACCAGCGGAUCCAGAGCCGGGAGCUGCGCACCAACGACGACCACGUCUCCCAGGUUCAGGCUGUCGAGAGGAUGAUCGUCGGCAAGAAGCCGGUGCUGUCCCUCCCCCACCGCCGCCUGGUCUGCUGCUGCCAACUCUACGAAGUCCCCGACCCCAACCGCCCCCAACGUUUGGGGUUGCACCAACGCGAGGUUUUCCUCUUCAACGACCUCCUGGUGGUGACGAAGAUCUUCCAGAAGAAGAAGAUCCUGGUGACCUACAGCUUCCGUCAGAGCUUCCCCCUCGUCGAGAUGCACAUGCAGCUCUUCCAGAACGCCU